AUGUUCGAGUUACUGCUCACAGCACCGAACAUUCUAAUCGACGUCAAAGACGAUUCCGGACGCACUCCUCUUUCACGCGCCGCAGCAUUACGCGAUAGCAAGUUCGUCGAGAGGCUGCUUAGGUUCAGUGACGUAAAUGUAAACUCACAAGACCACCACGGACGGACUCCUCUUUCAUGGGCUACAGCAUCAGAAGAUGGCACAGUAGUUGAGAAGCUACUCGGAUCAAGCGACAUAAAUGUCAAUCUACAAGAUUAUAGCGGACGGACUCCGCUUUCAUGGGCUGCAGCAAAAGGAAAUAUGACCGUAGUUGAGAGACUGCUC